CUUUUUUCUUUCUUUUUUUUUUUCCCUUCCGUUCCUUUUACUGUUCAUUGUUUCUUUUUUCUUUAUUCAUUCUCUUCAAACUAUAUUGACAAGAAACUUGAUAUGAUGGAUGACCAGCAACAAACUGCUCCUGAAACUACAAGAGGUCUUUUUGAUCCUCCUGGAAAGGUGCAAAUGACUACUGGUGAUAAACGUCGCUCAUUCAAUGGACUUAGUGAAAGAUAUUCUUUACCUAUUCAACAACAACAACAACAACAACAACGUAGACCUAGGUCUAGGUCAUCUGUUACUGCUGCUAAUACUAUGGAUAUUGGAACAAGAAAAAGUUACAAUAAUAAUAGUUUUGGUUUACAUACUUUACCUGAAGAAGUGGCAAAUGAUAGAAAAAAGGAAGGUGGUUCAAUGACUGUGGAUUCUUUACAAGAUAUGAUCAAUACUUUGAAAACAAUGCCUUCUAGUGAUACUAAUCGUCGUAAAAGUGUCAAUCGUCGUUUAUCUUCCGUGAUGGCUCCUCCCAAACAACAUAUUCAAGAUGAAGAAGAUGAACUCUCACGUGAAGCUGCUCUUGCUGAAGCUGAAGCCAAAUUGAUGGGAACUUAUAAUCGAAUGUCAUCAUCAUCUCAAGUGGAUAGUAACAAUAGUCAUCUUCGUCAAUUGGGUUCUAGACCUUUCAGCUCUGGUGGUGAAGAUCAUCGUCGUCUUUCUUCAGAAAAUCUCAUAGUACCUUCAAAUUCAAGCUCCAAACGUAUGUCGUUACAACAACUACCAACCUUGAAUGAAAAUGUGGAAGAUGGAAAUAAAAAUACAAAUAGGAAUAGUCGACGUAUUCAAUUCAAUAAACCUCUCAACUUGGAAGAAGCAAAGAAACAACAUCGACGAUCUGCCUCUUAUUCAUCCUCUCUUUAUGCAAAUGAAGCAACGAAUAGUGGUUGGCGUUCAAGUGCUCCUCCUCCCAAUCGUCAUUCUACUGGUAACUCAAGUACUCCUUUGAACUCAUCGGCAAUGCAUUCGGGCUCUUCUCUUUCUGUACCCUCAUUCAAUUUGGUCCCUUUUACUCCUACUCGUGUCAACUUUUCAAGAGAUGACGCCAAUCCUCAUCAACGUCGUCAAUUGUUUAUUGCUCAUUUACCAUUCUCUGCUUUGACUCCCUUGUUUCGAUCUCGUCAAUUGGUUCGUGGUACUUUACGUGUGAACAAGCGUAACCGUAGUGAUGCUUAUGUGGCCUGUGAAGAAUUGGAUGAUGAUAUCUACGUGUGUGGCUCUCGGGAUCGUAAUCGUGCUUUGGAAGGUGAUGUCGUGGCUGUGCGUUUAGUAGAUGUAGAAAGGGUGUUACGUGAAAAGAAGGAAAAAGAAGAAGCCAAAGUGGUCCGUAAUGGAGGUCAUGCUCGUACACGUCAACCUGAUGAAGAAGAUGAAAAUGAAAUCAUAUUUGGUGGUGAUGAAGAUAUUGAUGUGGUGAAGCCUAAAUAUUGUGGUGUGGUUGUAGCCAUUCUAGAACGUGCUCAAAAUCAAGUUUUCUCUGGUACUCUUACUUUGCGUCGUCCCAAUAACAAACGUGCCCAAGAAGAAACACAACAACAACAAGAAAAUGGCAACAAUAACAAAUUAUCUGAAGCACCUCGUAUUGUUUGGUUCAAAGCUGUUGAUAAACGUGUUCCUUUGAUUGCCAUCCCUAUUGAACAAGCACCUACUGAUUUUGUUGAGGAUAGUGAAUCAUAUGCUGAACGAUUAUUUGUUAGCUCAAUCAAACGUUGGCCUAUUACUUCUCUUCAUCCAUUUGGUACUUUGGAACGUGAACUUGGUCAUAUAUUUAAGUUGGAUGUACAAACCAUGGCCAUUUUAGCAGAUAACAAUGUGACCCAUACUGAUUUCUCAGAACAAGUCAACAAGUGUUUACCUUCUAUGCCAUAUGACUUUACUCCUAUACCUGAUGAUCAUCGAAGAGAUUUCACUGAUAUUCGUGUAUUUACAAUUGAUCCUUCUGGUUCUGAUGUUCUUGAUGAUGCUUUAUCUAUCAAAAAACUUGGAGAUGAUAUUUAUGAAGUGGGUGUCCAUAUUAGUGAUGUGACAUACUUUAUAAAGGCCAAUUCUCCUCUGGAUAAGGAAGCUCGUGCUCGUGGUGUCCGUGUUGAUUUGAUUCACAAGUCUGUCCCUAUGUUACCUAUCUCUUUGACCCAACAAGUAACUAAUUUGAUUCCCAAUCAAACAAGAUUUGCCUUUUCUGUGGUAUGGAAACUUGAUUCUGAUGGCAAAGUAUUGGAUACUUGGUUUGGAAAAUCUGUUGUCAAAUCAUGUAUCAAGUUGACUUAUGAUGAUGCUCAAAGAGUUUUGGAUGGUAAAGGACUUGAACAGACAUCAAUGGAUCAAACUCUUGUCUCUGGAAUUGAAUCGGAUAUUCGUAUGCUUUAUAAGAUUGCCUCUCAACUUCAUACAACGCGAUUUACAACAGGUGGUAGUAUGUCUCAACAACGCGAAGAACUUGGAUUUACAUUCGAUCACCCUGUGGAUAAUGAUCAUAGCAUACCCUCUGGUGUUUAUAUUGCUCAAAAACCCCGUGCAAGUAUCACUGUCAAGGAAUUCUUAUUGUUGGCCAAUCAAAGCGUAGCGCAAAAGAUCUCAAGUCAUCUCCCUGAACUAGCUCUUUUACGACGACAAGCCAAACCUUUGGAACGUAAGAUGGUGGAAUUAGGUCAAUAUGCUUCUCGUUAUUUGGGAGUACAACUGGAUACCUCAAGCGCUCAUUCCCUGGAAAAAUCCAUCAAAGCCAUUGAAGAUGACAAGGUUCGUAAAAUUGUAUCAGUAUUGGUUCUCAAAACAAUGCAGCCUCCCAAAUACUUUUGUACUGGUGUGUUGGAUAUUCUCAAGUUUUCUCAUUAUUCUUUGAAUAUGCCCUUAUUUACUCAUUUCACUGCACCAAGUCGACGUUUUGCUGAUAUCAUUGUUCAUCGUCAAUUAGAAUCCGCUUUAGCCAAUGAUCGUCACUUUUACUUGGAUAGAGAUACUGUACAAAAACUAGGUCAACAUUGUAAUGUCAAGAAGGAAGCUGCCAUCAUUGCUCGUGAACAAAGUGGAUUAUUGUUCAUGUCUCUUUAUCUUAACGAACGUGCAACCACCGAUGAAACUAAUAAUAUCAAGAUUGUCUACCGUGAAGCUCAAGUGAUUGCUGUGUUUGAUGAUUACUUUGAUGUGAUGAUACCUGAACUCAAUAUGGAAAGACGAAUUCAUUUAGCAAAUCUUCCCGUCUGGCGAUCUGAAAUGGAUAGCUCUCGUCGUGCACUCACUAUGUUUUGGAAAAAGGGAGUGGAUACAUCUACUGGUAAGCAGCAUCGCUGGAGUUUAUCAGAUGACGAAUAUGAAGAUUUGUUGGAUGAAGAAUGGGAUGAUGCUAGUGAUUCAGCCGUGGUGAACAAACUGUCCGUAUCUCCUUCACUUGUGGAACCAGAACCCUCCAAAUCAUCCAAACGUCAAUCCAUCAUUCAAGCUCGACUAUCCAAUAGUACUUCCUUCAGUGCAGAACAAUCAUCACAAACUAUUCAGGCUUUGGAUAAGAUUAGGGUCAUCUUGACUAUUGAAAUGGUUCGAACUCCUCCAUUGAUCCGUGUCUUGGCUGCUAACCCAUAUGCUUAGGUUGAUUUCUUUCUCUUUCUCUCUUUUGUUUAUUUCAUCCCUCCAUUCAGUCUAUUAUAUCUCUUCUUUUUUUUAUAUAUUGUUGUUACCCAUAGUAUACAACCCUUUUUUAUUUUUAUUAUUAUUAUUAUUAUUAUUUUCUUUUUUUUCUUUUGUGUGUUUAUUUUUUUAUAUAUACAUAUUUCUUUUACUACACUCCCAUCACAUUUCCUUCGCUCUGUACUACUUUUUUUUUGUUGUUAUUCUGCUAUCUUUUAUAAAUAAAAUCUCUUUUUUCGAAAUGAACAAGCUCCCAUUAAUAUUCCGCACAGAACUCUCAAUAGCUGCAUAAACGUUAG